UGCACUACAAGGAUGAGCACGGCCUCUGCUCAUCCUCUACUCGCGGUAAGGUGUAGUGCAGGCUUGAAACCUGCACCCGCGUAAUGGAGACGUGCGCGCCUGCCAGUUACGUUCGAACACGGAACUUCCCACUGCGUCUCGAGGGCAUUUGACAUGCUGCGAUUGAAGGCUGCGCAAAGACUCACGCAGAUAGAACUCCAUUCCCUCCUUCGCGUGGCAUACUGUCUCACCUGUCAUACGCGCAGGAGGCAUCCCACGCCGAAUUACAUCAUUCCUGUGCGUCGCAGACGUCGAUGAAUUGCCACCUCCGGCGCGUCGGCGGCAGCAGUGACAGCAAGACGCCAGUAUACUUUUCGGACAUAAAGUCAAGCAACGGGCUUCGGACCUCCCUGCUUCCUCGCUGUCUGGCCCGCUCCUUUCGUUGGGCCUGGUCGCGACGCACUGCUUGCUUCACGUACUGCGGCUCACGUACACCCGCUGCACGAACGUGGAUAGCCGGAAUCAGCCAUGACUGAUGGCUCAAACACCUCAAUUGAGGAGAAGAGGGUAGUGGACGGAAUCUCGGUCGAGGAGUAUGAACUCGACACUCCAGACAUCUCGAAGCCUUUCCCUCCGGACCCAGACGAGAUGGUCGAAACUCAUCAGCUGACACUCAGAGCAAUUGUCGUAGGAUGCGCUCUUGGUGCUGUCGUUGGUGCCUCCAAUAUCUACCUCGGUCUCAAAACGGGCUUCACAUUCGGACCUCAGCUCUUCGGUGCAAUCUUCGGUUUUGCGAUCAUUAAGCCUCUCUCUAAAGCCUUGCCCGAGUCCGGCAUCCUCGGAAAGCUCUUCGGGGGGCCGUUCGGUCCCAAGGAGAACUGUACAGUUCAAAGCGCAGCGACAGCUGCCGGUGGUAUCGGCAUAUUGUUCGUCAGCGCCGUUCCGGCUAUGUACCGACUCAAUUUACUCUCCCCCUUGCCAAAGCAGGACAUCGGCAAGUUGAUUGCAGUCACGGCCUGCGCAGGGUUCUUUGGCGUGUUCUUCGUCAUUCCCCUUCGGAAAUACUAUAUUGUGCGGCAGAAGCUGACAUUCCCGACGCCCGCUGCGACGGCUGUCACGAUUCGUGCAUUGCAUAAUAGCAGGACGGGCGCGAUUGUGGCUAAGAAGAAGUCACUUGCGCUGCUGUGGUCAUUUGUCGCCUGCUUCUGCUUCAAGGUCCUCAGCGGGUAUGCUCCGGGCGUGCUCUUCGACUGGCACAUCGGCUGGACGCUCUACCAGAUCGGUUUCACCAGCAUCAUCUCCUUAGAUAACUAUGACUGGUGGAUCGAGUUUACUCCUGCAUUCUUCGGUGCUGGCAUGCUGUCUGGUCUUAACGCCAGUUGGAGUUUCUUCGGCGGCUCUAUCCUCGCGUGGGGUAUCAUCGCGCCAUCGUUGAUCAAGAACAAGCUCGCAGUUGGCGAGUCGGUUUCUGACCAGUUCCCCCUCGUCUCCUACAACGCCCUCGCAUUCGAUACUCCUUCCGACUUCACGCAAGCGCCUUCGCCUCGCUACUGGCUACUAUGGCCCGGCAUUUUGAUGAUGCUGUGCUACUCAUUCACUGACCUUGGCAUGAACUCUGGAUUCAUCAUCAGCGGCCUCCGCAACGCGAGCUUUAACCCCCGCAGCUGGCUCAAGAGCUUCACCGACGAGGACGAAGACGACGAGGACCAGACGCCACCCGAAGACCGCGUGCCAACGCUCUGGUGGACGACAGGUCUGCUCGCGAGCAUCAUCAUGUGCUGCGCGAUCCUCGCCACCAUGUUCAACAUGAACGUCGGCGAGGCGCUUCUCUCGCUAAUCCUCGGCUUCGCGUUCUCCUUCGUCGGCGUGCAGUCCGCCGGCACGACUGACGUGAACCCCGUCACCGCCGUCGCGAAGGCGUCCCAGCUCAUCUUUGGUGGCAUUGGGAAAGGGGCGCACCUCGCGCUCAGGCCGGCCGAGACGAUGAACUUGACGGCGGGUAUCGUUGCCGCGGGUUCCGCGGCGCAGUCUACCGACAUGACUGGUGACCUGAAGACUGGAUACCUCCUGCGCGCAAAGCCCAAGAACCAGUUCGUCGCGCAGCUCUGCGGCGCCGUCGUCGCGAUCUUCCUCAACGUCGGGCUCUUCAUCCUCUUCAGCACCGCUAGCCCUUGCAUCUUGCACCCCGUGACUGGACAGGAAUGCCCUUACCAAGCACCUAGUGUCAGUGCGUGGGUCGCCGUCGCCGAGGCCGUAUCCCUCCCAAAUCUGCCUAUCCCGAAGUCAUCGGGCUUCACUGCGAUCGCGCUGGGGAUCUUCACCGUCGCCAUGGUCGUUGUGAAGCACCUCUGGAUCCCGAAGCGUUACUGGCAUUGGAUCCCGAACUGGAACGCGAUUGGGCUCGCCUUCGUCGCCCCUCAAAUCCCCUUCUCCAUCGCGAUGGCGUUCGGCUCUGUCUUCAACUGCUUCUGGCAGAAGAAGAGCCCACACGGGUUCGACAUGUACAUGUUCGCCGUCGCCGCGGGUAUGCUCGCUGGCGAGGGUCUGGGCGGUGUCAUGCAGGCCCUCCUCGCGGUCGCGAAGGUCGACGGCUCUCGAUUUGGUACCGCGAUCGGAUGCCCUGGUUUCGAGUUCUGCGGAUAGUCUAGGAGCGAAUGCUGCUGGAGCUUUCCUAUCAGUUGUCUUGUUGUACGAGUUUUUGAUGUGAUGACACGACUCAAGAUACGAUUUCCCCCCUCACCGUUUCCGAUCAGUCCAGAACAGGACCCCCGCUGGAGGUCCCGCGACGUGAUUUCAGACAUAAUCAAUGCAAAUCCAUGCCUAAAAUGCGUAAUCGUACAUUACAUUUGCAACGGGAUCUCGCUUCUCUACCUCCCCCCCAUCAGCUCAAUACGACUCGGAAGGCUUGUUCUCCACCGCCCGCCCGCCCUUGCGGAAGUGUUCGCCUGCGCCCUCGAAGGUGACGACGCGCGCGAAGGUGCUGCCCGUGCCCCAGAUGCCGCGGCGCAGGCACGCAAGUUGCACGACCUGCGAGUGGUCGAUGAAUAGGUUCGCGCGCGCGCCCUGGUUCUGGAUGUGGUACGCGAACACGUCCGGGUCCGCCGCCUCGAACCUGUUGGCGAGCGUACACAAUAAUAAUCCAGGAGAAUUCUGUUGUGUCUAGGAGAGACAACGGGGGACAUACAUGAUCUUCUCGUUGGGGAGCGCGGAGGUGACGGCGGAGAUGACGUCCGUGCGCCAGUUGUUCACGUUCUCAGUGAUGCCCUCGCUCUCGAUCAUGAUCAUGUAUGCGCCGGCGUCGAUGAACUUCUUCGCGCGGUCGAUGAGCCACUUGGGGUCGCGCGUACCCGCGGACUCGAGCUCUUCGACGGAGGCAUCACCGCCUGCGCCCCACUGGAUGCCCACUUCGGGCUUCGGCUUGAGGCCAUGGGCAGCGGUGAACUCGAUGAGGGACGCCCAGUCGUCUGUGGGGAUGGAGAGGAAUCCAGAAGAGAUUUCCAGGACAUCAAAACCCAGGUUUUUGCACGUCGUCAGAUACUUAGAGACGACCGACUUGUUUCCUCCGGAGGCGGACAGGACGCGUUCAAUGUACCCGCCUGUACUCACGUAGCAUCCAUGUCUGUGCGCGGUCUCGAUAAGGCCACGCAGCCUGUCCUCGGGCAUGAGCGAGAACGCGCCUCCUGCGAACUUGACACCAUCCACAUAUUCGCCCCAGUCCGACAGGAGCUCGUCAAGGUAAGUAUUAGUGACUGGGGCGUAGUACGGGCCGCGGAUCUCGGUGAGCCCUUUGGCGCGCGAGGCCUUGGGUUCCAGGGAGUUGGCCGGGAGGAAGGAG